GCCCAUACUGAAAAAGAAGAUUACUAUUGGGACUCUGUACUCUGGAGUGAUGUGACCAAGAUAAAUGUUUUUGGAACGGAUAGUGUCAAAACUGCAUGAUGUCGCAAAGGUGAGGAGUACAAAGAAAAAUGCAUUAUGCCUACAUUGAAACGUGGUGGCAGUGUCCUUCUGUGGGGCUGCAUGAGUGCUGCUGAUAUCAGGGAGCUGCAUUUCAUUGAUGGUAUCAUGAAAUCACAGAUGUACUGCUCUGUAUUGAAAGAGAAGUUUUCCAACAUGACAAUCAUCCAAAACACACGUCUAAGACCACUGUUGCAUUUCUGA